AUGUCUCCAAAGGAGGUGAUUGAAUGUGUUGGAUUGGAGUACAACCUCAAUGCUAAACAAUGGGUGGCUUUCAGAACGAUCACUGAAUUCUUCGUUGCAAAAUAUGUCGACAAAACCCUACCAGCAGAAGAACAACUGAGAAUGCUGAUGACCAGACCAGGUGGAACAGGCAAGACUUACGUUGUGAAAGCUGUCCAACGUGUGAUGCAGCAUUAUGGGUGUGCCCAUCUCAUCAGGUUUUUGGCCCCAACUGGCUCGGCAGCCGCUCUCAUUGAUGGGAUGACAGUGCACAAAGGACUGGGAAUCAAAAUCAAGUCAACAAACAAAGGAAAGGGUAAUCGCGAACCUGGCAGCAGCGCACAAGACUAUUCAGUCUUGAUCAGUGUGCAGAAUCGAUCGCAACUCCGUGAUGAGUGGAAGAAUGUUGAAUUCCUCCUUGUAGACAAAGUCUCCUUAGUGUCCUUACAGUUGUUGGCCGAGAUGGACCAUGCACUA